AUCCUCCAUCGCAUAAUUGGUUAUUAAUAACAGAAGCGUGGGAUUCUGUCUUCCUAUUGGCUCACUGACAUAUCGAUCAGCUGCCGGGGUUGUCCGCCGUAGAGAGCGAGGACAACUCGGGCACUGUAGGCGCGCGCACGCGUGAGAUAGACCCACGAAAGAAAGGGAAAAGCGGAGAGCGGCGGAGAGAAAGAAAGGAGAGACACUGAUCAACAAGGGCUGGCAAUCGCAGGUCGGGGAACGCCUGAAGUUGUAGCCAGGCGGCACCAUGCAGCCUCUGGGCCGCAUUCCAAUGGACGUGCGGGUCCAGGAUGUGCAGAAGCGGAGGAACCCGAGCAAACACUACGUUUACGUUAUCCAAGUAAACUGGUCAGAUAAAACCUCAAAUAUAAUCUACAGACGUUACAGCAAGUUUUUUGACCUACAGAUGCAGCUCUUGGACAAGUUUCCUGUUGAAGGAGGACAGAAGGAUCCCAAAUUACGUUGCAUUCCUUUCUUGCCUGGAAAAAUUCUCUUCAAAAGAAGCCAUGUGAGAGAUGUGGCUAUGAAGCGACUGAGACCCAUUGAUGAAUAUUGCAGGGCUCUGGUGCGACUGCCACCUAUGAUCUCCCAGUGUGCAGAAGUGCUCCGUUUUUUUGAACCUUGUCCAGAAGAUUUAAAUCCACCAAAGGAAGAUUGUGGAGGGAUGAGGAAAAAAUCAGGUUCGGAGACUGUCUCGGAGCCCAUGGUUUUGGAUCAGUAUGUGGUAGUCGCCAACUAUGAGAAGCAGGAGAACUCUGAGAUUAGCCUGAAAGCAGGGGAAGUAGUGGAUGUUAUUGAAAAAAGCGAGAGUGGCUGGUGGUUUGUGAGUACAACAGAAGAGCAGGGCUGGGUCCCAGCUACUUAUCUAGAGUCACAAAAUGGAACCCGAGAUGACCUGGAUAUUAGGACAACAAGAGCUGGAGAGGUAACUAAGAGACGCAAAGCUCAUCUGCGUCGACUGGACCGGAGGUGGACUCUGGGAGGAAUGUAUAACCGGCAACAAAACCCAGAGGAAAAAUAUAUCACUGUGCAACCAUAUGUCAACCAAGGCAAAGAUGAGAUUGGCUUUGAAAAAGGCGUCAUGGUGGAGGUCAUACAGCGGAACCUUGAAGGCUGGUGGUUCAUCAGAUAUCAGGGCAAAGAGGGAUGGGCACCAGCAUCCUAUCUGAGAAAAGUCAAAGAUGAACUUUCUCCAAGGAAAAAGCCUGUUAAUGGCCCAGUGGAGAUAAUUGGGAACAUAAUGGAAAUCAGUAAUCUGUUGAACAAGAAGACAAGCAGUGAGAAAGACAUUCAGACAGAAAAUGAAUCCAAAUGUUAUGAUCACCCUCCACUUACUGCAAAAGAGAUCAGCCUUCCACUGCCUUGUGAGCAGUCCAAUGGUGAAGCAACAGCAUUAGUGGCAACAGAAAAGAGGCUCAGCCGAGCCACACCGGGAUCCCCAGCUGUGGCCAGGAUCGCUCCACAGAGAGCAGAGAUAGGUUCCCCAAACCUAAGGCAGAAGCCACCACCACGCAGAGAAGUCAGCAUGGGAUUUCAGUUGCCCAAGCCCCCAGAGCCACCUGCUGUUGAAGUAGAAUACUACACUAUUGCCGAAUUCCAGACACACAUUGCUGAUGGGAUCAGCUUCCGAGGAGGGCAGAAAGCUGAGGUCAUUGAGAAGAAUUUAGGUGGGUGGUGGUAUGUGCAGAUUGGGCAAAAGGAGGGGUGGGCACCAUCUUCAUACAUUGACAAGAGAAAGAAGCCAAACCUGUCCAGAAGAAGCAGCACAUUAAUGCGGCCAAAAGUCCCUCCCCCAGCACCACCCACCAAAAGCAAACCAAACUCUGAAGAAGCAAGUCCAGAAAGUGAGAGGGAAUGCACACAGCAAAAACCCAAAUUUGAAGAACCAGAGUAUGAUAUUCCUUCUGCCCUCUUUGACCAUGAUCCACAGAAUGAUCUGAGUUGUGCCGCUGAUGAACUAGUUAAAGAAGAUUUAUUAAAUCAGGACCAGGCAGAAUCCAGCCAACCACAGAUCAAACAAUGCCCAAGCUCCACGUUGAGGAAAGCUCAUUUCAAAGUAGGUGAAUCUUCAGAAAGCUUACCUUGUGAUGACCAACCAAUGUGUACUUCUGGUGAUAAGGAUCACAACCAAGGAGGAAAUAGUAAUAGUUUGGCAUCUGAUGGAGUCUAUGAUACCGUUAGUCAAGUUGUUUCUGCACUGUCAGUAACUGAGACCAGCUCUUCACCAAAAAACAUUUCACCAAAGCAUUCUCUAAAAAUUCUUCAGUUAAAAUCUGAGACCAAAAAAGACCUAGAUCUUGGAAAGAAUACAGAGAGUUAUUGCAAAUCUGUGGUUGAUACCAUUACACAGAAACCUGGACUAAAAGAAAAGGAAUCAUGUGAUAUGAAUUCUCGCACAGAGCAGAGAUCUAUUUCCAGUCCUAUUACAAAGCCAAAGCCUUCUGUAAGACCAAAGCCUUUCCUGGUGAAGCCAGAAGCACAGAAUGUGGAUAUGAGCACCCUCAGGCGUCAUCUAAGGCCUACAGGACAACUUAAGCACAGCUCCAAAGGGGCAAAAAAUGAUGAUGUAGAAACCAACUCAUUAGCAUCCUCUGAAAAUUCUGAAGACUCCUUUACUAAAAGUACAGUUGAUCUUUCAACAAAUGCAUCACCAGCUCAGUCUGGACUGGACGUAGCAAGGCCCUGUGAGCAGGAGGCAGUGUCCUUGUGUCAAUACAAGACAGUGGAUAAAUACGAGAAAGUCCAGGAUAAUGAAAUCAGUUUUCCAGCAGGAAUAAUGGUGGAGGUCCUGGAAAAACAAGAUAGUGGUUGGUGGUUUAUUAGAAUUGGAGACACUGAGGGAUGGGCACCUGUCUAUUUCUUAGAGCAUGUGAGUGGCAAGCCUGCAGAGAGCAGUGCUGAGUUGGAAAUGUCCAGAGGUGAGAGAUCAAUGAAUGAAAAUCAACUCAACAAUACUGAGAAAAUAGACAAGGUCCAGAAGUUAAACAACAUUAACCUUGGUCUAAAGAGAACAACACCCCCAAUCCCUGCAAAACCUCCUGGAGGGUUUACUAAACCAGGAGGAAGUGUGAAUGGUUCAGUAAAAAUGAGAAACAGUUUAAAACAGGCAGCCGUGAGGCCACAAUCUGUGUUUGUUGCCCCAUCUUGCAAAGAAAGCACCAACCUGGCUGGAUCACUCAGGAGGAAUGAAUCAAUGGUGUGCACAGACAAUGUUAAGUCUACUGCAGUCAGCAUUCGCCGAAAUUCAUCCUUCAAUAAUGUCCGGUUACGGAAGAAGAUUGAUGAAUCUGACACUUCACACUCAUCCCCAUCUCCUAGCCAAACAAAGGGUAAACCUCCAGAAAAAUGUGGAGUUAUCGACCCAGAUGCCACAGGAAGGAUUUCCCAUAAAAAUGGAAUUCCUGUAUCUACUGUGAGACCAAAGCCAGUGUGCAUCCAGGAAAAACCACAGUUCAUGCAGAACAACUGGAGAGAGUUGUAUGUUGCAAUUGCUGACUAUCAGGGAGAUGAAGAAACCAUGGGUUUCCAAGAAGGUAGUUGUGUGGAGGUGUUGGAACGCAAUCCCAAUGGCUGGUGGUACUGUCAAAUAAUAGACAGUGGACGUUGUCAAAAAGGAUGGGUGCCUUCAAAUUAUUUAGAAAAGAAGUACUAAUAUUUGUUUUAUAUAUAAUAUUUCUAAUUUAUAGAUGCAAUGUGCGUUGUCUAAUGGAACUAUCAGGCAGUCCUACACACCUGCCAUGGAAUAAAUAUUGCUAUAUUUCAACUGCUGGAUUGCUGAGCUAGUGUAUACCAGUAAGACUGUAACGUAACUAUUAAGUUUGUGGAAAGCUACCUGCAGACAACUGGAAUCAUGCAGUGUGUUUGCACAUGGUGGCUUCAUAGUGCUGAAGUUUCAAAGUGGAUUUGAUUGUUUACAGCUGGAAAAGGCAUGUUGCAUUUCCUACGUGCAACAGAUCUACUCAAAAGCCGGACCUUUGAGAUGAGUAAGAAUUUUAAGUUAAUUAUGAUUGCUGUCCUUUGUUUUAUUAUUUACUUAUAACAGAAUAGUCAGGAUUUAUUCCAGAUUAUUUUUUUCACUGGUGCCUUUAGCAUGCCACAAAUUCAUAAAUAAGCACUCCUUCCAAAUAUUAAACAAAUACUCUGUUAAGGUUUUCCUUUUCUAGAUAUGACGAGGUGGCAUUUAGCACUCUCCAGCCCCACCACAGUCUGGAGGAAGUGGAUGCUAAUCAAAAUCAUUAUCCCUUUGGAUUGGAAGACUUGAGUUACAGUGAGAUCAGAGAGGCUGGGCUUGGCUUUUCCUGAAGCAAAGGAGGUUGAGGGUAUCUGAUGCAUGUAGAUCUACAAAAAUAUAUAUAGAAUUAGAUAGAUUCUUUUUCUCAUUGUAGACAUAACAAAAAAACAAGAGGGCAUUUUGGUUUUAGGUGAAAAGUUUAAAUGGGGAUCUGACGUUGAUAUGUGGAACACACUGUCAGAGGAGGUGGUGGAAUCAGAUACAAUCAUUACAUUUAAGAAGCAUUUAGACAGACACUUAACGGUAAGGCAUAGAAGAAUAUGGUCUGAAUGCAGGCAAUUGGGAUUUGUAUACGUGGGGGAAAAGUCAUCAAAAUCAAGACUUGUUCGGUGGUCACCAAGCUUUCUGACACUAUUGUUCAUAAUAUCAGAUCAGAUAAAUAAUUUUUUUUGUCUGGAGAUAUGCAAUGAGUAAACAUUGAAAACUGUUUUAAGUUUUUUUUAGUCACUAAACUUCCCUGGUCUCUUUACUGAUUCCAGUUAGAAUCUUAGAACUUUUCAUUAUCUAUGUAACAAGAAAGGUCUCUAGACUACCAGCAGUAAAAUUACAUUUGUAGUGAUCCAAAAUGCAGAUUAUGGAUUACAUAUAUUCCUACUAUUAACUGGAAACUUUCAACAGAGUCCCAGGCAUUGCAAGUUCAAUCUGCCCAUUAUAUUCUUCCUAAAAACUUUAUUUUUAACUAAAUCUGCAUCAAAAAUAUUUAUUUAAUAUUGUUUUUGAACAUGUUGCAGAAGCAGCAAUGGGUACAAAGUAGAACACAGAAAACCAUAAAAACAGGAGAAGUGGGACUUAAUCCACAGUUUAUGUAUUUAUUUAUAAAAUUGUAAUGUUUUAUGCUAGAUGUUUUACAUAAUUUCUCCAUGGACCCUAAGUCUUUUGUAUUUUAUGUCAUACUGUUAGUCUCGAUGUAAGUAUCUGGUCUGAUUCAUGAAUGACUGGAGGGAAACUGUGUGAUGUGAUGUAUAUCACAUUGUGCUAAACACCAUAUCACAGGUUUUCUCAUGUUAUUAAAAUAGAAUACAAUUGCAGACCUUUUUUGGAUAAUAACACGUCACCUCACAUUUAUUCAUGAACGACCAUGGUCUAAAAGCUUCAGAUCAUAGAAUCAUAGAGUAAUAUGCCUUACCUGUCUAUGCUGACCAAGAUCCACAUUUAAGUUAGUCCCAUUUGCCUGCUUUUAGGCCCAUAUCCUUCUAAGCUUUCUCUAUGUAUAUACUGGUCAAAGUGUCUUUUAAAUAUUGUACAGUAAUUGUACUUGUCUCAAUCUCUUCUUCUGGCAGCUUGUUUCCGUGUGAAGAAGUUAUCCCUCAGGUUCCUUUUAAAUCUCUCCCCUCUAACCUUAAACCUCUAGCCUCUAGUUUUUGAUUUCCUUUCGCUGGGUAAAUAACUGUAUGCAUUCAUCUCUAUUUAUGCCCUUCUUGAUUUUAUACACCCCUGCAACAUCAGUCCUCAGUGUCCUACACUCAAGGAAUAACGUCCUAGCUGGUCCAAUCUCUCUCUAUAACUCCUCGAGUCUAAGCAACAUUCUUGUAAAGCUUCUUUGCACUCUUUCCAACUUAAUGUCUUUGCUGUAACAGCUUAUUAAAGCUGUCAACAAUAUACCUCAGAGGCAGCUUCAGCAAUGUCUUCUACGUCUGCAACUGAGUUCCUCAGCUUCAAUAAUCUCCUCAGUAAAAGAUGGUGAUAAAUAUAAUUAAAAGCUCUCCCACUUCCUGUGGCUCCACACACAGAUGAUGGCCAUGCUGAUCUUUAAAGAGUCUUAAUCACUCUUGAGCCAUCCUUUUACUCUUGAUGUACCUGUGGAAUCUCUUGGAAUAUUCCUUGACCAUGCUUGCCAGAUCCACCUCAUGCCCUCUUUUUGCCCUCCUGAUUUCUGUUUCAUGUUCUCUCAGACUUUUUAUACUUAUCAAGGGAUUCAUUUGAUCCCACUGCCUCAAUCAAUGGUAUGAUGCACAAUCUGCAUCUUAAUGUGUUGAAAACUGAAUUUAUGUGACCUUUGAGUUGAAACAAAGGGUACCAGUUACAAUGGACCAUCAUUUCAAUUGUAGCUCUUUCAACUCUGUCUUUGAACUGUAUGUGGGCAAGAAAUCAGGCCAAGUCUUUUGGAAAAUAUAAUGGGCUGGAGGGGUAUAUGCUUCCUCGUCUGCAGGACAGUGCUCUGUAAAGCUUGCUGCCACCAGUACAGUAAUGCUUGCUUUGCUACCAGUGAUGUAAAAAUAUAAUAAUGGUGCACAAAUGGGUGUAUCAACAAGAUGAUACACAACCCAUUCCGUGGAACAGAAAAGGAUCCCUUUCAGAGUAGAAUAUUCAUAUAUCACAGAAACUUUUAAAUAUCACAGGUCUCCACUUUCAAUUAUUGGCUGCCUAUCAGGAAUAAAACAUUUCUAAUAAUGUAGUAUGCACCUUGAAAUCACUGUUGAUAUUUUAUGUUUAUAAUAUACUAGUACUGGCGCAAUUAAAGUUUACAGAGCUGUGUUAGGUGAAUUGCAAACAUAUUAGAAAUGUGUCUGAACAGUAUUACCUUAAUGGCCAGAUACUUCCAGCUCACUGAUCUCACUGAAGGUUUCAUUUCUUCAGAACAAAAGUCUGGUUAAGUACAAGCAUAAAGACUUUUACAGUUUUAUUUUGAAAGUUGCCUCAGGGUUGGAAGAAUCUGCUUUUCUUGUGACACUGAUCCCAGGCUAUAAAUUAAAACUGGUCCUCCCCAGCAUUUUGUAAUCAGUUUGUUUUUAGAUGUCACAAGAUUUCGGAUUUGGAUUCUGAAUGCAUGGAAGCAAUAAAAUCAAAUUUGUCCAUUUAUUAUGUUCGAACUUUCUGGGUUCUUCCAAUCUUGAAGUUUCACCACUGUCUAAGUUCAGAAGGAAAUUUAAUAUAAUUGUCAUAACUUUUCCAUUGUAGUAAAACAUACGUAGCUUAUACAUAUGUGUAGAACUCGGCUAGUUUUAAGCAAGAUUCAUUGUCAAUUUCAAUUUCAUAUUAUUGUAUCCAAGAAGGAUUACUUACUUACUGUUUUUACCUUUAUAAUUUUUUUGCCAAAAAGAAACAAAAUGAGGAAAAGUGCAAUAUAGAAUUUGUGUAAAUUAUUGAGUGUAAAAAAAAAAAGAAAAUGAUGCUGGCCAAUUGUUGCCUCUGCAGACAUUUAUUGGAAAUUAUUCGAGAUACCUGCAUCUGGGAGGCUUAGAGCAGGUUUUGUACAUGCGCAAACAAACAAAUGUAGGAGAAGGCAGAAGAUGAGUUGAAAAUGAUAGUAUGACUGCCGUAGGGAGUUACAGGGUCUGAAAUCUUACCUGGUAAAACAAAAACACUGAAAAAUAGAUGCUGAAAAUUUGAAGUAAUAUCAGAAAAUGGACAAAAUAUUCAGUAAGUCAGCCAGCAUCUGCAGAGAGAGGAAGAGAUAGAUGAUCUCAUUUUAACUUAUAGUACAUAAUGAAAGGUAUUAUCCCCAGUGCAAGCAAUUGUAAUGGGCCAGGAGAGCAUUUGUAUGAACAAUUGGAAACAGAAUAGUAUUCAGGGAAAACAGUUUUUGGGAUUCAAAUUUUGAUGUGAUCCUGUAUAUCGACAAACUGUGAUAUAAUUCUUUUGAGUUGAGCUAAUGCCUCACUGUGUAUGUAGGCUAUGUUCCAUUAAUCUGCACACCAUCAAAAUGUAAAUUGUAGUUUUUUUGUAAACUACUGCUAUUGUAAAAUAGUGCAAGAUUUUGGAAAUUAGGGGUCAGGAAUGAUUUGACUAUCUCCAGUUCCCUGAUUUGAUUUUUCUGGAGAGUGAAGGAUAUUGCAGGAAAGUGGAUAUUAUUUCAGCUCAGAACUGGUGCUUUCAUUUGUGACUUAUGGAUCUAAGUAGGGAUGAGCUUUAUAGGAAGAGCAUGGUAAAGCUGAAUAAAAUUGUUUUAAUGGGUGUGUUUAACUGAGCUGGGCUGUUUCACCUCAUCACUGGAAGCAUAUGUAAAAAAGAUAAUCCAUGGAGUAGAAUAAAGAUUUCAGCCAGCAGUAUUAUCAUCUCACCUGCAUAUGGAGCCUGCUCUAAACACAAAAGUGAUCAUUAUUGUUGUAGCAGUAGAGGCCAAAAUAAACGGCUGCACAAUGUCAGUACAAUUUAGUGUUAUGACUAAAAUAAGAUAAAGCCACUGCUGUGCUCUUACUGUUCCAAGGAUGAGGCUUUUCUUUUAAGGACAUCAGAGAUAUUCUCCCCCUUCAAAGAACCUGGUUUCCCUUCCUCCACAUUUCAUGUUGCCCUUACCCAUAUCUCCCUCAUUUCUCAGACAUCCUUGCUCAUCCUGUGAGCCUCUGCAUCUAACAGAUCCUUCUCCACUCAGUCAUAGUCAUACUUUAUUGAUCCCGGGGGGAAAUUGGUUUUUGUUACAGUUGCACCAUAAAUAAUUAGAUAGUAAUAAAGCCAUAAAUAGUUAAAUAGUAAUAUGUAAAUUAUGCCACUCCCUUAGAGAUUCCCUUGUCCAUUCAUCUCUCCCUACUAAUCUCCUUCCUGUUACAUAUCCCUGCAAAGAACAGAAAUGCUACACCUACCCAUUCACCCCCACCCUUACCUCCAUUCAGGGCCCCAAAUAGUCCUUCCAGCUGAGGCAAUACUUUGCCUGCUGGUCUGUUGGGGUUGUCUAUUGUAUCUGGAACUCCUGAUGUGGCCUUCUCUACAUUGGUGAGACCCAACGUAAAUUGGAGGACCAUUUUGUCAAGCACCACUACUCCAAAAGCAGUAUUUCCCAGUGGCCAACCAUUUUAAUUCCUAACCCCAUUCCCAUUCUGACAUGUUGGUCUAUGUUGAUCUUUUGUCUCGAUCAGGCCACUCUCACAGUGGAAGAGCAACUCCUUAUAUUCUCUGCGUACCCUCUAACCUGAUGGCAUGAACAUCGAUUUUUCCUUUCAGUAAUUUUUUUGUUCCUUCCCCCUUCAACCUUCUAUUCUUUACUACGGCCUCUUAUCUCUUGUCCUAUUCCCCACCCCACCCUAGCUUCUUACCUCUUCUGCUCACCUGCCUAUCACUUUCCCCUGAUGCCCCUCCUUUCGUUCUCUCAUGGUCCACUCUCCUCUCCUGCCAGUUUCCUUCCUCUCCAGCCCUUUAUCUUACCCACCUACCUAACUUCACCUAUCACCUUCUAGCUGGUCCUCCUUCCCUUCCUCCCACCGUUUUUAUUGUAGUAUCUCCCCCCCCCACUUCCUUUGCAGCCCGAAACACGACUGUUUAUUCAUUUCCAUAGAUGCUGCCUGACCUCCAGUAUUUUGUGAGUGUGUUGCUGUGCUCUUGCUGCCUGUUCAGUAAGUAAAACAUUAUUGGCGCUAUUUGAAUUAUUCUGAUGGCAAUGUGUGUUUUGGAGGCUAUGUUUGUGUUUAACUAUUGCUCAAGAGGAAUCAAAGAAACAAUGAAUUAGUGCCUUCUCAUCACCUCAUGAUACCCUAGACAGCUUCACUGCCAAUUAUGUACUUCUGAAGUGUAAUCAUGGUUGCAAUUCAGGAAGUUGAUAAACAGCAAACUCCCAAAUCAACAAGGAGAUAGAUAGGUGUUUUUAUCACAUGUGCUUUUGUAUUUUAUGGUGUUAGUUCAAACCUAAAUGUUAGUCUGGUAUUAAUGAAAUUCAGCGCUGUUAAAUGCAUGGGACCUUUCAAGUCCACCUGAGAAAUCAGAUGUGGCUUUGGUUAUAGGAAUGUCUAAAAGCGUGUUAACUGCAUUUCAUUACUUUUAUGUUCUUCCUUCCAUUGUGCAGUGCUGCUUCAUUACUCUGUUUCUGAAUGUGUAGAUCUCCCUCAGUGCUGAUACAAGAAUAUUUUCUCAGUGCAGCAUUUAAAAAAAAAUGCAGUACUCCUUUAGUGGUAUCCCACUGAUAGUACUGGGUUUCUUUGGUACCACCUCUCUUACAUUGAACCAUUCCUUCAAUACCAAUACUCCAUCAUUCCCUUAAUAUUGCACCUUCCAACAUUCCUUCAGUACUACCCCUAUAACAGUGCAGUGCUCUCCCAGUGUAGCUUCUCAGACAAUACAGCAGCUUGUCAGUAUUGACCAUCCAGCAAUGCAGCAUUGUCUCAUCGAAGCAAAACACAAUAACUGAUUCAUUUCAAUUGGGGCUGUUUGUGACAUAUUUGAAUUUAAUCUGAAGCAUUCCUGAAACAAAUAUUAUUGUAUUUCUUGUACAAGGUUUGACUUUACACUAACCACAUUCAUUUGUAGUCAUAUUCUUUGCUAAGAAUGAAAAUCAUUCUGCCUUAAACUGUAUUAUAUAGAUGACUGUGACUGAUGGUGACAAAUUUACUCAGCUAUUAAGUGCUAUAACAACUCUGGGUUGAAAAAUGUACCUUCCCAUGAACCAAAAUAUUCAGAUUGAAAGAGCUGAAAAUGAAAGAAUUACAACAAUUUUCAAUUCAAUUUGCUACCAAUCUUGUACUUAAUUUCCAAUACUUCACCUUUGAUCCAUGAUGGUGAUGGUGAAAACAUGAAUAAUGUGAGCAAGGGAAGGCCUUGUGAGCCCUCAACUGCUCAACCAUUUGGCAAAUUCAUAGCUCACCUUGUACCUGAUCCAGUGCUCCAACUAAUUAAUUUCAAUCAUGAGUAUACUAAUGACAGAAUAUUCUCAACCAACUGAAGUCAAGAGUUUUAACAAGACAUGAGCCCCUGCAGAAGGAAUUUUUAACUUUGUAUUGCUGAAUGCUUAUUCUCAGAAAAUAUUCCCUGAUUCUUUAUACUCUAGCCUGAGGAAAUGGCUCUCAACAUCCACCCUAUCAAUUUUCCUUGGAAUCUUGCAGGUCACAAUGAAACAGUUUCUCAUUCUUUUUCAGUGUUCCUCAAUCUCUCCCCAAAGGACAACUCCCUUAUUCCAGGAGUCAAUUGUGAAUCUACACUGCACUGACUCCAUGGAAGAGUUAUCUCUUACAAAUAUAGUGACUUGGAAUAGCACACAGUCCAAGUGUGUUCUCUCUAAAGCCAUGUAUCAGCAGGUGUUUCCUACUUUUAUAUUCAAUUUUCCUUUAUAAUAAAACAACAUACCACUUGCCCACCUAAUUGUUUGGUCUGCCUAUGUGUUUAUUUUCUGCCUGUGAUGAAGCUACAUCUACAGUAAAUCUUUGGAUUUGUAUCGUACAGUCACAGCUGCUGUUUUCCUUCACAUCUCCUGUCCUUAGUUAAUAAUGCUGCACUACUGUAAAAGACAAAUUAUUAUUUUUAAUUGCAAUAAAUGGUCCAACAUGCAAAAUUUUGAAUUUGUCUUCAUUGUUAUCAUAUAUAUUAGGUUUCCUUUGCUCUGUUUAAUGAGCGACCCUGACUAAAUAUUGAAAUCUAAAGCAGAAAAAAUACUGUGAAUUCUGAAAUCAAUAAUAUAACAAGUCAGGGACCUUUCAUUUUUAAUUAAAUAAAACAAUUAUUUGUAUUUACAUACUACUUCAUUGUAUUUCACAAUGAUGCUAGGUGCUUUACAGCCAAAAAUUGCCUUUAUAGAUAAAACACUUUUUAUUAUAUAGGGAAGCACAACAAUCAUUUUGCACGUGUUGACACCAUAGAAAUAGGAGAAAGAUAAAUAUUCAAUAGUUAAUUUGAUGUUAAAUCGGUUGUGGCUAAAAUAGGAAAUUAGCCAGGACAAAGUGGAUUUUCUACAUUUUAACCACUGCAUUAUCUGAACGAUAUUAACCAAAAUUAUCUCACUAACAGUGCAGCACAGACUUUAUACAGGAUUAGAGUCCUGGUUUAGAUAAUUUAUAGGUGUCCUGGGGUGGGCUUGAAACAUACUUUUUGACUCAGAAGAUAUUUGCAUGGCAUUGAUUGUAUUCUAAAAUAGAAUUGAAAAAUUAACCAUUUUUAUUUUCUCAUAAUUUCAGAGUUUUGUCAGAGUGAGGAAAUGGGGCUAAUCAGAUUGCUUUAUCAAGGAGCUGGCAUUGGCACAUUGGCUGAAUGACCUCCUGUGCUAUAUGCCUGUGAGUUUCUGUGCUUUUAAUUCAUUUUCUAAUGUUGGUGCUUUAUAUAUGGAUAUACUUCCUUGACAUAAAAUAUUUCAGUUAUCUCAUUAUUCUUUUUAUAUUUGUAACUGAUUCCAUAUGUUGAACAUAUUGGAUAGUAAACAUAAAUCACAGUCAAACCAAAUGAUCAUACAUAAACUGCUGGUGUGUGAUCAAUAACGAUUAGGAGUAUGAUCCUUGCCUGACUGAUGUUCCACUUUCUGGUCCAGUGCUACUGAACAUGCGCUAACCAUACAGAAAGGGAAAUGGAUAUAGUCCAUAUGGUUGUGCAGUUAUUCCUUAGCACAAUAAAAACAGGCUGGUUUAGAUAGAAGGAAACAGUUACUUCUUUAAGGGCCAAGAGCUACUUGUUGUUAACAUUUAACAUUUUGCUUUUGAAAUUAAUCAGUGAGAAAUAUAAAUUUACAUCAUAUAUAAAAUGCAAAAAUGUUUCUUGCAAUGAUGUUGACAUACAGGGUGUGAUGCAGGGUUUGCAGUCAUUGACAUUUUGUCUGUGGUAUGAAUAUCUGAAAAAAACCACAAUAACAUACAGUAUACUUUCAGUGCCCUUAAAGAAAUUCGUAUUCUUAUAAAAUAAACAAGUGGUAAUAUCUUGUGUGACCUUCAUUCCACUUGUAGUGCAGUACCUAUUUCAAAGAUUGAUCUAUCAUAAACCAUCAUAUUAUUUAAUGGCAAUAUUUAGGCCAUUCAUUUGUAACUGAAAUUCUUGUCUUUCAGGUACAUUGCUUCAAAUAUUCCGCAUUGAUUCUUUUUCUAAAAUAACAGAUUUGUUUUAUGAAGCUUUUUGUAUAUUUUUUAAAGUGUCCAUGAUGUAAAUGUAACUCAGAAGAACCAAAAUGACAAUAAAGGUGGA